AUGUCAUGGAUGCCACGAUGGACUUGGGAAGUGCGGCAGUCGCUGCAGGAUGCCGCUAGCCGCGGCCUAUCAAUGGUCGAUCAGGUGGGCGGAGUCCUCCAACCUUUCGUUGGACCGGCCCUUGACGCGGUGGGACCUUUGGCGGCUGGUUUGGUGGGAGAUGCUUGGAACCGACUGAGGCGCUUCCUGGACUGCCUCCAGGAUACUGCUGGCGGCGGCCGUCGGUCGCUGUGUGAGAUGCUGAUUGGCGAGCAGUGUGACUGUAGCAGUGGAAGCUACGUGAGGCCGUCUACAGGUGGUGUGCAGAUGAAGUGCAUCUUCAAUGACACGUCCGUCUUUACCAAAGGCUAUGGCAUCCGGGCGACAGGCUCUAUAGACAGCUCGGGAGAACCCACUCUCGACGCCAACGUCCUUCCAGGGGAGGACUUCGAGCAAGCCCACAGAAUGCGCAACGAGGCUCGGAGGUUGCGGGAGACUGUCGAGCAGAACCGGCAGACCAUGAGAGACGUGCAAAGGGAUCACGCCAGAGGCAGACAAGGCAGUCUGUCAGAUUACCAGGCUCCGCAGCCUGCAGGAUCUUGCGAGGGUUCGCUCAGCGUGGCCGCGGAUGGCGUGGUGCAGUUGACCUCCCCAGAGGUUGAGUUGGGUGCGACGGCUGAGACCACGACUUUCACCGUCCGUGGCAUGGUGAGGGCGUCGAUGGAUGCACUGGUCACAGCAGAGGGCAGUUGCUCCUACAAGGCCUCGAAGGGAUUUCCCAAGAAGCCCAAAACCAAGACCAUUUGUGCCAAGGGAUUUUGUAUCGUCAUGGCGGUGCAGAUGCUUGCGACACUGGAGGUGUCGGGCACCCUCACAGGAACAGUCGAGACUUCGCACGACGCGGAUUUCGAUUUUGUCGCCACCGGCCGUGUCACAAGGGACCGCUUUGGGCCCGUGACGUCCAUGUUCAUGUGA